CUGGCUCGAGAGGACGGCGCCGUGUUGUGUGCAUCACCCUAAUCUGUCCGGCGGAUGUUGUGCCAGGAGUCUCGUCGCAAAAACAAUGGCGAGCGGCAUCGGCAAACACAAGAUCCUGAAUGUGGGACCCACGGAGCCCUGGUCCAUCAGGGAGAAACUGUGCCUGGCGUCAUCUGUGAUGAGGAGUGGAGACCAAAACUGGGUGUCUGUGAGCAGAGCCAUCAAGCCUUUCUCUGAGCCUGGUCGUCCUCCUGACUGGUUCUCUCAGAAGCACUGUGCCUCACAAUAUUCCGAGCUGCUGGAAGCUACGGAAGCUCCAAAGCGUAAGCGUGGGGAGAAGGGCGAGGUGGUGGAGACCAUUGAGGAUGUCAUUGUCCGCAGGCUGACCACUGAAAGAAUCGAGGAGCUAAAAAGGCUACAGAGAGACACGCAGGAGCAGUACAGGAAGUUGAAGAAGGAGGUGGAGCUGAUCCAGACGGGUCACAUGGACUCCCAGCUCAAGGAUCUGUGGGCAGAAAUCACACAAAAGAAGAAGCAGGAGGAGGAGGAGGCAGAGCAGAAGAGGAAAGCCACAGAGAUGGCGUACCAAGCGCGUCAGGCGAUGAAGAACACGCCGAAGCGCCUCCCCAGCGUGACGGUCCGCUCUCCCCUCGGGGCCAGCCCCUCCACCCACGACGCUCAGGCGGACUCCGCGGUCCCCACGCCACCCAUGGACACCGAAGGCGUCCCCUCGGAGGACACCGCCGUCCACUCAGCGGCUCAGGGUGUGGGCGUGUUCCUGCCGGCCGCUGAGCCUCCCGUGUCGGGACCAAAAGACGGAGGCCUGGCUUCUCUGGCGGAGGACUCUCCUCAGAAGAGACUCCCGACGCAGAAAGCCACGCCGCCACCGUCGCCUCUGUUAUCAGAGCUGCUAAAGAAAGGAAACCUCAUCUCAGCCAGCCCACGCCUUGUAUCUGAAGGAGAAACGACGACGAGUUUAACCAACGGUGUGCAGACGGCAGCUGCAGCUGCUGUUUUAGUCCCCGGUCAUGAAGUCUUCACCGAAGGCGAUGCAGACGCGGCGGUGAAGGCAGAGCUCAGCGAGGAGACGGGGCUGGCAGAAGAGGAUCUGGUAGCUGUGUCAUACAUGGGGGACGAGCUGGACCUGGAGACGGUGGGAGACAUCAUCGCCAUCAUUGAAGAGAAGGUGGACGACUCGGUGGAGGCUUUAGACGCCGCCGCUGUGGAAGCAGCUCUGUCUCUGUGCGAGGAAGCCGUCUCAGAAGGCCACACCCUGCCUGGGCCAUGGGAGACCCAGGACCUGAAGCCGUCGGAGCCUCCGGUCCAGCACGCCGCCCCGGUUCAGGAGAACCAGGACGCCUCGGCUGCACUAGCUCCAUCUUCCGGCGCCCCGGAGACGCAGAGCCAGCCCAACAUCAAAAGGGAAGAACAGUUCAAGGGAAGCGGCGAGGGAGCCGAGGCGGCAGGAAGCGACAUCAACUCUUCGCUGGCAUCUGACGACGGCACGGCAGGAAGUGAAGUCACAGAGGAGGCAGUGGCCGGCACGAAGGAGGCCGCCGAAGCUACUGUGAAGACUGAAGGAGAGGACUGGAGUCAGCCGGAGCCCAACCCUCCCUGCCUCGACUCAGAAGACAGCUCCGUGUCUGGGAAAGAGUCCAAGGUGAAGGAAGAGGAGGGAGGGAGCGAGGGCGACCCGGACGACGGGAUGGAGCUGAAGGAGGACUGCGGGGAGGGCGAAGGUCCGUACCUGUCCGAGGUGGAGCGGGCCGCCAGCGAGAGCGAAGACGGCUACGGGCCGACGUCCCAGCGCUACACCGUGGAUUCCCUGGCCAGCAGCCCAGCCUCCUCCUCCCAGCUCUCCACAUGUGGUGAAGACCAAGAGGCCGUCCAGGCUCAGAAAAUCUGGAAGAAAGCCAUCAUGUUGGUGUGGAGAGCAGCAGCCAAUCACAGGUACGCCAGUGUCUUCUUGCAGCCCGUGUCAGAUGACAUCGCCCCGGGUUACCACAGCAUAGUGCACAGACCCAUGGACCUGUCGGCCAUAAAGAAGAACAUCGAGUCCGGCGUGAUCCGCACCACCGCCGAGUUCCAGCGAGACAUCAUGCUGAUGUUCCAGAACGCCAUCAUGUACAACUCGUCGGACCACGACGUGUACCACAUGGCGCUGGAGAUGCAGCGCGACGUCCUGGAGCACGUCCAGCAGUUCCUGGCCACCCAGCUCAUCAUGCAAACCUCGGAGAGCGCCAUCUCCGCCAAGAGCCUCCGCGGCAGGGAGGGCAACCGCAAACCAGGGGAGCCGGCCGAGAAGGACAGUGUCCCAAUGGCCUCUCCUGCUUUCCUUCUCUCUCUCUUUGAUGGAGGCACCAGGGGUCGCCGUAGCGCCAUGGAAGCUGACCUCAAAAUGAAGAAGUAGCUUCUAGGAUGCUUUUCUGGAAAUGGCUGAUGUCUCUGUGGCCUGGUUGUGUCUGAUGAGGCUAGUGCGCAGCUCCUUCAAAUUGCACCCCAGUGCGUAGCGUCACGUAUCUGGAGAGGCUCCCGAGUAGUCAUUUCCGUUUGAUGAAACUGAAUGAAAACUUUCUAACGAGAACAUUUUCACCAGCAGCUGCUUGUCUGGGAUCAACAAUCAACGGCAGGUUGAGUCCUGCCUGCUAGAUUGGAUCCCACUCAACAUUUUGUAUGUUAGUACAGUCUGUCUGAGUCUGUCCUGCACCUAACUGUGUCCUCUGAAAGGUGGAUGUAAGGACACUGGAUGGCAGCAACGUCGAACGUGAUGUUCUUAGGAUUUAAUACCAGUUUUAUUAGCUCUGCAUGUUGGACCAAUGCCACACAGGACCAAUUAAUCAAUCAGUCUGGGCCAUGUUGAACUAUAAUCCACUGGGCAUUUCUUUUUUUCCUCUUUAUCAAUGCCUCCGAUCUUUAGGCCACGGCAUACAUCAGCAUGUUUUAGGGUACUGAAGAUGCGUAUACCUUUAAAUUUCUGCAGAUCUUUUUCCAAAGCAUGAUUUAAGUCAAAGACAACACUUCAGUCACAAAGUCCCACUUCGGAUUAAAACUCAUUAAACUAUUAAGUUCAGACCUGCAGUUAGUCCUUGCCAACAGGAUUUGAUUUCAUCUUUAGAAGUCGGCUAUGAAAACGGUCUCUACAGGAUCCUCCUUUGACCUCACUUCCUCCUGCUGACAAAUUUAAACCUAAUGACCUGAGGAUUUUGCUAAAACAAGUAUCUGCUCAUUUUAUGAAACAAGGUGGGCAAAAUUUGUUAUUGCUGAAACUACUCAUCCCUGAUCAUCACUUAGAAAGUAGCCUGUGUGUGUGUGAGUGCUCUGUAAAUGGCAUAAGAACAUGCUGGUGUUGUGUUAGUACAAAGUCAAGUUUUGUACCUGAGAAGGAUCAUAUAGUGAGGGUAUGUAUGUUUUUUGGUGUACAUUUGUUAAAUAAAAGAUUUGAUUUAAAUGUAAAA